AUGCCAGCUUACUUCAUGGCAAAAGGAAUUUCAAAAAGAAUGAAACUUGUUAUUAUCAUGGCUUCAUCUCCACAUAACCCCUGGCAAGAAAUACAUUCGGCUUGCAAUCUUGAAAAACCUGAUAAUGACUAUCUGACACAAUGUAUUCUUAAUGAAUCCAAGGCUUUUCAUAAUCGCUUGAAAUUUCUUGAAAACAUGGAAUCCAAAUUAAUGCCGGUUGAAAAAUUAGUCAAAGAUAUCUUGCAACACGAAAAAAGGCAUACACUUCCACGAACAUGGAAGGAUAGCAAUGAAAAUACUCAAUACUAUGGGUAA